AUGUCGACGAAAGAUUUGAUCAGUUCAUUACCAGAUGAGAUACUUGCUCAGGUCUUAUCGUGUCUUCCUACUAAACAAGCUGCUUCGACCUCGAUCCUCUCCAAAAGAUGGAGGAAUCUAUUUCAAGUCAUGAAUCUUCUCUUCGCGUCUUUCUAUUUCGACGACUCUGAUGAUGAUGUCCAUGAAAAGGAUAGCUUCAGACAUUUCGUGGAUAACACGCUUUCUAACUGUCGCAAGCCCUAUUUUGACAUCAUUAAACCUCUGGUCUAUAUAGAACACUUGAACAUCAAGAAACUCACGAUUCGCUACAGUGACUAUUUCUCUAGCAACCGCUAUUUGGUAUUAAACGCACCACGUCUCGUUAUAUUAAAUCGACAUACUGUCUUCAAUGACCUAUUAGAAGCCCGCCUUGACUUUGCUUUCUCUCCUAGAGGGAGAUACGGCAGUGAACAAAAAAACUGCUCAAAACUCUUGAAUUUUAUCUGCAAGGUUCACAUUCUUUACAUCUCUGGUAAUCAGAGACGUGUGAUGCAUGAUUGCCUUGAUCAUGAUGGGUUUCCUUUCUUGAAGAACCUGACUACUUUACAUUUCGAGAGUAGUAACAGGAAAAAAUAUUGGGAAUUGCUGUCUAAUAUGAUAGAAAAAUCUCCAAAGCUAGAAGCUCUGCUUCUUAAGGGUUUGUGCGGUAUAAGCAACUGUGAGAUUGUUAAGAUUGGUGGAAAUGUGGUGAAGGUUGUUGAGAUUCAAGACUAUGAAGGAAGACUUGAAGAGUUGAACCAAGUCAAGUGCUUCUUGUGGGAAAUGGAAAAUCUUGAAGAGAUGAAAGUGAAGAUGAUGAAGAACAGUGAUGAGAUAGAUAACAAAUUGCAACUCACAAAUGAUCUUAUUGCUCUUCCCAAACGUUCAUCGGAAUGCAACCUCCUUGUUUUGUGA